AAAAGUCUCGAGAAUGAAGCAAUUGCUAAUAAUAAUAUAACGUCGGAAACGUUUCAAGACUUUACAGCGCGGGGUUUAAAAUCCAUGGAAAAUCUCUCAACUGAUGUAAUCGAUCGUACUAUUUCAAGCAUGUCAAGUCGAGUAGAUGCUGUUCUUAAAGCAAGAGGAAAUCGCAUAAAAUACUAG